AUCACGUUACGGCACAGAUAUGCUCGUCCAUCCAUCUCCAUCAGAGCAGCGGAAACGUGCUGGUGUCGGAGAGCCUCGCACUGCCACCCCGAUCUGAACCGCUACGGCGCUCAGCAGAGGCCAAAAAGACUCCACAGUGCUUCCUCCCCUCGGUGUGUUCUCACGGGUUUUUUCUCUUCACGCAGGUUGUGAACCGCAAAAACCGCCAAGAUGUCCGAGAAAAAGAUGACUUCCAGCCGCAGGCAUCACCUGAAGAGCCUGAUCCUCCAAAUCGCCCUGAACUGGAUCGAGCAGGGGAAGAAGGAAGUAGCAGAGGCGAAGGAGGCCUACAUUUCCGAACACUGUCCCUCCCCGGACCUGAGCGGAGACCAGGCUGCCCUCAUGGAAGUCUGCAAGAAGCUCCACGCCGCCAUCGACAAGAUCGACGAUGACAGGUACGACGCCGAGGCCAAAGUGCGGAAGGCCGACAAAGAGAUCGAAGACCUGAAGAUCAAAGUGGUGGACCUGAUAGGCGUGAAGAAACCUGCCCUGAAGAAGGUUCGCAUGUCUGCUGACUCCAUGCUUCAGGCUCUGCUGGGCUCCAAACACAAGGUGACCAUGGACCUGAGGUCCAACCUGAAGCAGGUGAAGAAGGAGGUGAAAGAGGAGCCGACGGAAGCAGUGGGCGACUGGCGGAAGAACAUCGAGGACAAGGCCGACAGGAAGAAGAUGUUCGAGACUUCCUAAACGUAUCGCCGCCGUUGGUCUCUCUGUUCAUAUGAACUCCACGUGUCUCGUGUCUGUUGGUUGAAUCGGGCGGUUGCUGUAUGUUUCGGUCAAAUCACACGGCAGGUUGAGCAGCAGGUUGGCAUGUCUGAGAGGAGUCGCUCUGGAGGAGGUUUACGUUGUCUGAGGGUUUUCUUUUCGUUCUUUUUUUUCCUUUUCACUUUGUUUUGUCCGGAGGGAGGGGGAGGUGCUUUUGAGGGGUUUCUGCAGGUUCAAGCACCAACACACGGCGCCAAGUCUUAA